CUUCAGGCAUAUAACCCGCUACUAGGGUUUACUUUUCCUCCACUUCAGUAGACGAGCGAGAAAGAAAGGGAGGGAGAGAGAGAGAGGCCGCCGCGGUUCUCACAUCUUCCAGCAAAAUGGCAAGAGGAUUGAAAAAACAUUUGAAGCGGCUCAAUGCUCCAAAACAUUGGAUGCUCGAUAAGCUGGGUGGUGCUUUUGCCCCCAAGCCAUCAUCUGGUCCCCACAAAUCCAGGGAGUGCUUGCCCUUAAUUCUUAUUCUGCGAAAUAGGCUAAAAUAUGCUCUAACUUACCGUGAAGUCAUUGCUAUUCUGAUGCAACGCCAUGUCCUUGUUGAUGGGAAAGUCAGGACAGAUAAGACAUAUCCUGCUGGUUUUAUGGAUGUUGUCUCUAUUCCAAAGACCAACGAGAACUUCCGUCUUCUGUAUGAUACCAAGGGCCGGUUCCGGCUGCACUCUAUCAGGGACGAGGAGGCCAAGUUUAAGCUCUGCAAAGUCCGCUCAGUUCAGUUUGGGAAGAAGGGUAUUCCUUACCUUAAUACAUAUGAUGGAAGGACAAUCCGCUAUCCUGACCCACUAAUCAAAGCAAAUGACACCAUCAAACUUGACUUAGAGAGCAACAAGAUAGUUGAUUUCAUUAAGUUUGAUGUAGGAAAUGUUGUUAUGGUGACUGGUGGUAGGAACAGGGGACGUGUAGGAGUAAUCAAGAACCGUGAGAAGCAUAAGGGAAGCUUCGAGACCAUCCACAUUCAGGAUGCUACUGGACAUGAGUUUGCUACUCGAUUGGGCAAUGUUUUCACAAUUGGGAAGGGUACGAAACCCUGGGUGUCUCUUCCAAAGGGCAAAGGUAUUAAGUUGUCUAUUAUUGAGGAGGCCAGGAAGAGGCUUGCUGCCCAAUCUGCCACUGCUUAGGAUUAUAUUCCUUCCGGAUGGUUAAAGUAGUGUUUAACUCCUCAUCAGUUUUAAGUGUUGCAUUUUCAGUCCUGUUGAGCUACUUGAAUCAUUUUGUUAUGGGAUCUUUUGCUGUUAUAGGAUUUUCUUGGAGAACUUGUUACCAUAUGAAGUUUUGACAUUAUCUAGUUUUUGGCACCCUUAAAUUUUGUUUCACCCUUUGGGUAGUUUGAUUCUGGAUAUUUGGUGCAGAUUUGUUAAGUUCGUCUUCAACAUAAAA